ACAGUGCUCCAUAGUUAUCUAGACGGGAAGAGGCUCCAGCUCAUUUGCUGUCGAGAAGUGAGGGCAAAGCAAUGUAGUACAGCACCGUAUGUCUAAACAAACGCUCAACACAAGCAACAGCAUGGCCUUGGAGCAGCCACGCGGGGCCUUAGGAAAGGUCUCCAUUGUCUUUGCAACCAAGCUCAAGUCAUUUACCUUCCUGCCAGUUCUGAAAAAGCUGCCUACAGAGAACAGGGUUAAAUCAGUGUGGGAGAAGGAGUCGAAUAAACUUAGUGAGGCUUUAGGAAACCAUGAGGCUGCUGAGGGGAAAACAAUGGAUGAAAGUACUUACAAGGCCGAGGUUGUGUACGUUGGUGACAUGGAGCCCCAAGAGAUAACUAAGCACUCUGAAACUCAGCAGAAGAAAUCUACUACCAAGUUAGCUAUUGCCCCAUCGCCUACCCCAGCUAUGGCUCUUGAUGAAAUAUGUUGCACAAAUCCAAAACCUAGCGCUGGCACUCUGGACACAGCUGGUAAUAAACUCCCAAGGACCCCUCAGCUAGGGUGUCACAACACUGGAACUGAGGUUGGCUCAGGGCUGUUUUUAAACAGUGAGUCUCAGAGAGAGGAUGAGGUCCUGAGCCCAGUCAGCUCUGUGGACAUUUUUACAUCUCCUUUCUCUUCUAAAGAGUCCAUCCUCUCUGAGGGCUGGGAUCAGGAAACAGGCUGGUCUGCACUCCAGAUGCUAUCUCCCAGUGGUUCUGUCUCCCCCUGUUUGUCUGUGAGGUCAGGGGCUUUUACCCCAUCAGUGAUGAGAAUCAAGUGCCACACAUUGGCCGCGGGCUCCAGCCUAAUGCAGAUGCCGCUUACCUCCUGCGAGAAACUUGGUUGCCAUAAACAUAUCACCUCACCAUGCCCCUUGUCCACCCGUCCCCGACACAGGCCCCCACCCACACAGCUGUCACUAUUAACGGCCAUCUUGAGGAAGGGCCGUCUGCCAGUCCUGUCUUCUGCCUUGCAGAGGCCCUACUCUCCUUGUUGGCCCAUUAGCCCAGUCAACAUGUCCUCCUGCCUAGCCUGUUCAGCAGCUUCAACUGUAGCUCCAAUGGUGGGCUUACGAGCAAAGUCUUGUGUGUCUAAAGGCCCUACUUGUACAGAGCCCAGCUGCAAAGCAAGACCAAAGCUGCCAGGGUUAAUCGCUAAGACAGAGCCUGUGUCGAACAAGGGAAGCCUCUCUUCAACAGUAGAAACAACAGAUGCAGUUGACUCUAACACAUAUGCAGAAAGAAGUAGGAUUAUUUCAAUGCCAGAAGAAAGAAGCUCUUUGACCUUGUCAUGUUCCUCUCUUUCUGAGCCUCCACCAGCACCCCUAUACAAACAGACUCAUAAAGGCAUUCAUGUAUCCACAGACCCCAGCUUGUUGCUUGGCUCAUCUUCCUCCAGACCAAUGACUUCUUCUCCUGAAUCCAAUUUAGUCUCCCAUAUCCAAGGAAAUGGACACAAAUCAAAUGAUACCUGUCCUACUGUAAGAAAUACAAAGCCUUCUCAGACAUCAUCCUCUGAUUUCAAACUUAUGCAGAGGGCACAUGAACAAUCUCCUACCCCUGAUCACAAACCCAUUCAACAAUCCCAAGACAUCUUAGCUUCAGUAGUCCCAAAGGACACAGAUGUCAAACCAGGAUCUCAUUUGCAAAAUAACAGGAAAAUCUUCCAUGAACUAGAGAAAAUUCAUUCAGUAUCCCCAGUUUUUCAACAUUCUCCUGCCCCAAGGGUUGCUGGCCUCACUCAUCUCUCCAACACACCUUCUAUUUCUCCUGUCCUUACCUCACCAAGGCCAGACUCCUGCACUUCUACAGACCGCUACACAUUGUCUUCAUCUCCAGCAAUCCCCUAUCAUCACCUCUCCCCUUCUCCCUCUUCACUCUGUUCCUCACCUACUUCAUCCCUAAGGGGCAGUACUCCAGACUGCAUAGACAGGGGUAGCAAAAAGCCAUACAAGAUCAAGUCCACCUACAAGGCUCUUGCUGCUAUUCCCACAAAUACACUCCUUCUGGAACAGCAGGCAAUUGAUGAUGAGGUUAAUAAGAAUAAUGCUCCUCUGGAACCUAGCGACAGUUUUGCAUGGGAGGACCCUCAUUCUCAGAUGUGCAGCCCUGCCCAGCUCCGACAGCAGUCCACAGAGCUGUAUCAAGUGAUUGAUGAAGUAUUAAAGGACACAAACCAAACAGGACCCUCAAGGCAUGCUAUCAAACUCACUGCGAAGUCUGUGGCAUCUGAGACAACAAGGAAACUAACGCCAUCACCAAGAUCUUUAGGACGAGAAACAAAAUAUGCUACUUUUCAUCACCAACAUACUGCACCUGCUGAGAAAACACUGACAAAGCCUGGGGUUAUAAGACCAGCCAUGGUUGUGUCAAGAUCAGAUGAUGACAAAGAGAAAAGUUGUUUUUUGAAUACGUAUCAAAGACAGCAAGAUAGUUUCUCCACUGACCACCAGUACAAGCUUGCCAACAGUACGUUGUCCACUAAGGAUGAGGCUCAUGAAAGAGGAGAUUUGGAACGCGCCAGGGAUUCCUCUGAGGUACCUGAGAAGUGUAUGUCAAGCUCAACACCUGUGGUGAAUCAGACCAGGGAACACAGCACUCCAUCACCAAGAGGAUCUCUAUAACAUGUCCCCACUUAUGUAAAGCCCAUGAAGGGUGAAAAUGGAAAUGAAUGAUACACACAUUUAAGUGUUCACACAGAAUGAGUUAGAAAGAAAGAAAUGUAACAAGGUGACCUCUAACAUUGUGAAACCUCCAAAGAUGACAGUAGAAGGUCUUCCAGAAUUGUGUCAUUUCUGUUCUGCCUUUAAAAAAAAAGUUCAGUAUGAAAUAAGAUUAUCCUAAUACAGUUCAAUUUCAUUGAGACUUGGAAAUUAAUUUAAUAAAUUGAUUUAAUGUAAUCUUUCUGUUAUGUGAACAAGAAAUGCAUGUCACUUUAUAAAGGAUGUUAUAUUGCUGUGCAUUUAUUAGAAGGUCAGAGGAAACGGUUUUGUACCAUUUGCUUUCUACUACCUUUUUCUACCAUCUGAUUUCUUCUGCUUUUAUUUCUACACCACUACUAUUUAGUACUUUACUGAACUGCUCUCCAAAUAUGUCCUUAGGGCCCCCAAAUGGUCGACAGUUUGCUCUCUCACAGAUCCUUACACACCUGUAGCAAGGAUGGAGUGCUCUUGAGAGCUUUGUUUGUGUGUUUGGAAAAUGUGGACCAUUUAACUGAAGCCCUAAGAACCAAUUUGAGAAGGAUUGCAUUAUUGCAUAAAGCUAAAGUACUUAUAGAAGGACACCCCGCACAAAAAUGUAUGUAUUUUAUAAAUCCUUACUUUCAAGCAUUAUUUUAUGGUAAUGUGUAAAUUAUUUGUGCUGUACUUUGAAAUAAAUAUAAAUG